ACGAGAGCUAAAAAAAAAAAUCCCAGCACUGCCUGGUAAUCGGGCCUCCCCACACAGAAGUUCGCCAUUCUGGGAAACGCCAUCCUGAAGGAAGCCUUUUAGCGCGUGCGGGAGAGAACGAGAGAGGGGGGGCGAUGCCAACCUGAGGCGCCGUUAACAGGCAAAGGCGCCGACCGACCUAUCCGCUCUGCAAGCUGCAUCACCGUGAACCGGGAUUUCAUCAUCAAAUCAUACAUUGAGUGCCUGACCAGCCCGUGCCCCGAUGUCGCUGAGGUGCCUUUUCCGAUAGCCAUGCGUCUAGGUAAGAAUGCGCGCCGGCCACUAGCCACUCGUCUACUCCCAGCUGAUAAGAACCAGGGCCUGUUGUCAGUGUCAUCAUCCGCUGCGGCUGUGGCAUCCGUGUCUGUGGCGGGACGAGGUUGGGACUUGGUAGGUGCGGUGUGGAGCAUAGCGAGAGGGGGGGGUGCGGGGAGGUGCAAACAGGCAAGGGCAGGUCUUGUCAAGUGCUCUCCCACGUUUCCUAGUUUCCUGCAGGGCAAGAGCACUCUCAUCACUACUCCUUAUCUCCAUUUGCACGCAUUCUUAUUUCCAUUUAUCCUUGAAGAAAAGGUUGCACUGUCUAAAAGGGUCCGAAAUUAUUCCAGACUCCUUCAAGCUAAUUGCGUACAUCGCUGGCUUCAAGAGACCGGGAUCGGUCUUUUGGCACCCAACCUCACCUAUUUCAAUCAACCACUCCGAUGGCACAGCAGCACAGCAAUCUCAGCUCAAACGGCUGGCACACAUGACCUCAUUAGAUACCCGACGGUUCGGCUGACAAGAGUCCGAGGCUCUGAGACGCUACCCAUCCACCCGUCCAUCCAUCCAUCCAUCCUACAGGGCGGCGCGGGACGGCUGCGGCCCUGCAGCCAAGGUAUUCGUAGACGGUGUCCUGAGUCCCAGGUCUGAAUUGAGCUACCAAUGAGGCUCGUUUGGUGUAACCGAGUGAGAGUUGCGGAAUGUCGUAAGCAAGCUAUGUAUUCAUAUCGUGUCCCAAACACCCACCCCCUUUUCUCUCUAGCCACAGUAACAACAACACAAACAGCUGUCCCUCGAAAGCAGACGCAGAUCUCUGCAAAAUGCGCAAUCAAGCAAAUACGUUUUCAG